AUGGAAGAAUAAUAGCUGAGAAACGAAGCUGCUCGUACAAGAAUGAUUGGGAAUUAUGUAAUAGGGAAGACGUUGGGAUUUGGAACUUUUGGAAAGGUGAAAAUGGGAAUUCAUGAACAGUCACAAGAGAAAGUGGCUAUAAAAAUACUGGAGAAGGAUAGAAUAGUUGAAACUGCAGAUGUGGAGAGAGUAUAAAGAGAGAUUCAUAUCUUGAAGUUGGUGCGCCAUCCUCAUAUAAUCCAACUGUAUGAGAUAAUUGAAACGCCUAAACAUAUAUUCUUGGUAAUGGAAAUGAUUAGUGGAGGAGAGUUAUUUGAUUACAUAGUCUAAAAUACAAAAUUGGAAGAAGUGGAGGCCUGCAAGUUGUUUUAAGAACUAAUCGCAGGAAUAGAAUAUCUGCACAAACUAAGAGUAGUCCAUAGAGAUUUGAAACCAGAGAACUUGUUGUUAGAUCAACAUAAAAAUCUCAAAAUCGUUGACUUUGGAUUAUCCAAUACUUACAAGACAGAAGAGUUAUUGAAGACAGCUUGUGGAAGUCCAUGCUAUGCAGCUCCAGAAAUGAUAGAAGGACAAAAAUACUAAGGAGUAAAAGUCGACUUGUGGAGUUCUGGAGUUAUAUUGUUUGCAUGCUUAUGCGGUUAUUUGCCGUUUGAGGAUCAAAACACCUCCGCUCUUUACAAGAAGAUAUUGAGUGGAUCAUACCAACUACCAACUCAUCUCUCUAAGGAAGCUUAAUCAAUGAUCUAAGGAAUACUAACAGUCAAACCAGAUAAGCGAUUUACUAUUAAUGAUAUUAGAAAUCACCCAUGGUUUAAGAUCUAUAAAAGAACUUAUGAUAUUCCUCCAGGAAUUGUGGUGGGGUAUAAUAGGAUUCCUAUAGAUCAAGAAAUACUCAAACAAUUAAAAUAAUAUGGCAUAGAUAUUGAUCAUGCAUAAAAAUGUUUAGAUGCCAAUAAACACAAUGAUAUAACCACUUUUUAUCAUUUACUUCUGAAAAGACAUUUGACAAAUGGAGGCAGAUCAACUGCUGAUCUUAAUUCUGAAUCUUUUGAUAUCACUCUUCUAGAACCUAAACAAAGACCUCACAAAGCUCCGAUUAGUUCAUUAGUUAAUAAUGAAGUUAUCAGACAGCAGAUGAAAGAUGAAAUAAUUAAAUAACGAUCUUAUUCCACUGAUAAGGAUAGAGGCAGAAUUAUUAAGACAACUAAUUAAAAUAAAAUAUUGGCAGAUAAUGAUUUAAGUGUUAACAGAGUAGGAAACAAUGGAUAGGCUUAGAGUGUGUAAGCAAGAUAAAAGGAUGAAAACUACUUUGAACAGUCACCUGUUGUCAAAAACAAGAAUGUUCCUUACUCCAAUAUGUUGUGUCAAAAGUAUGGAGUCAAAUUUAAGAAUAAUAAUGUGACAUCUAUUGAUUACCAUAAUAAAGAAGAAUUCAGAAAAGUCAGUUCCAGAAAUAAAAGAGAUUUGGAUGCUAUUAAUCCUUAUCGUAACUCCAGUAGAGAACAAUAAUAAUAUAAUAGAAUGCUUCAAAGUGGAGGUAGAUCAUAGAAUCAUAAAAAGGAGAGGGUUCAUAUUACUAAUCAUAAUAAUCAAUCUUUUGAUGUACCUUUGAAUUCAAAUCAAUCGACUAAAUAAAAGGCGGUGAAUUAAUAAAGAUCUAGCCAUUUUUAUCAUGAUUGA